ACCUCACCUUGCCACCACACGCCCCCGCGCGCCACCUGCACCACGCCGCACGCCCUGGCCGCACCGCCGCCCACUUGCCGCCCGGACCACCUCAGGGUCACAGAGGCCGUGCGGGAAGCCUAGGAACGCCCCGUGAGUGAAUCCCCGCCGCACGAAAGGCUGAGACACGCGGACGAUCGCUAGUGAAAACCAUUUUGACAUCUGAUCCGGCAGCGAGCGAGGGUCAGUUAUGGCGGUGAAGGUGGCGGAGUGGGGACGUGUUGCGAUGGCCUCUCCGGGAUUGUGUUGAUCUGGCCGACCUGCACGCCGGGGGGCCUUCCUGCACCACGUCCGACGCCUUGCCAAGAAGCAGCAUGCAGCAGAGGCCCCCGAGCUGCUAGUGUCCCCAUGCAAAGGAUGGCGAGUGCGUACCCUGGCGGGCUGGGCGGCCCCAAGGAGACGCUGGAUGGCCUGGGUCCCGCAGGGCUGGGUGGGCUUGGUGGCGGCGGGCUGGGCGGGCUUGGCGUGGCGUCAUCGCUGGGCGGGGGUACAGACGCCCUUGGUCUGGGCACCUGCCCCCUAUGCCGCUGCCUGCUGGAGGAGGCGCGGGUGCUGCCGUGCCUUCACGCCGUGUGUGGCCCCUGCCUGGAGGGUCUGUUGGCAGCCCCCACGCUGGCCUGUCCAACCUGCCACGCCGAGCUGAACCUGGACCAGCCGCUUGACGCCCUCAACCCGCCGCUCUUCUUGCCCUCCAUCUUGGACAUGGUGUCCUCCGAGGACGACUUGGGCAGCCCGCCCCCCCCACCCUCUUCCAUGCUGAGCCCACCCCCUGCCUCUUCCAUGGUGAGCCCCUCCAACUCCCACGUGAACAGCCGUGACCAUCUGCUGCCACGCCCGCUGCUACACGGCGACCUGCCCCGUCCUUCCAGAUACCUGUGUGCCAGCUGUGACGACGGUCAGGCUGCCGCCUCCCGCUGCAGGGACUGCAAUGAGGCGCUCUGUGAGUCCUGCGUGCGUGCACACCAGCGCGUGCGGCUCACCAAGGACCACUUCAUCGUGCCCCUGCCUGGAGACGACUCGGGCGUGUGCAACACAAACGGCGGCAGCGCGCGGGUGCACCACUACUCAGGGCCCGAUGAGAACAGCCACCCACACCUGGGCCUGGCCUCACCACCCCCACCCUCAGCACUGGGUGGCAGUGCCACGAGCCUGGGUGGUGGAGCCACAGGCCUGGGUGGCGGCGCUACGGCCUUGGGUGGUGGAGCCACGGCUUUAGGUGGUGGAGCCUCAGCUUUGGGGGCAGGUGCCACAGCCUUGGGAGGCGGAGCCACAGCCCUGAGUGGUGGCGCCUCAGCCCUGGGUGGUGGUGGCGCGGCGCAACAUGGGUCUGGACACCUGUUCUGCCCCAGCCAUGAGGGUGAGGCCAUGAUGUACUACUGUGAGCGGUGCAGUGCCCCUGUAUGCCGGGAGUGCACGGUGCGGGAGCAUCGUGGCCAUGGCUGUGUGUUUUUGCAGGAUGCCGCUGAGAAUUCCCGCUCCAUCACACUGCAGCUGUUGACGGAUGCCCGCAGCGGUAUCCGGGCCAUCGAGGACAGCAUUGGCGUCACUAAGCGCAUGGUGGACCGUGUGGAGCUGCGUGCCAAGGCUGUGGCCAGCGACGUGCGCUCCACCACACGGCGCCACAUCUCUGCUCUGGAGGAUCGCGAGAGGAAGCUGCUGAGCAAGGUGGAACGGAUCCGCCAGGUGAAGGGCAAGACUCUGCAGGACCAGAUUGAUGACCUGAGCACCGCACUAGCCCGCCUCACCCACGCCGUGGAGACCAUCAGCUCUGUGGACUCCGCUGGCCAUAUGGAACUGCUGCAGCGGCGCGAGAAGGUGCUCGCUGAGAUGAACGAGUUGCGGCAGAUCAAGGCACACCUCAGCCCACAUGAGGACGACAACAUCACCUUCUCGCCGCCAGACACAGGCCUGUACCAGAUGCUUAAUACCAUGGGCUUUGUGUCUUCCUCAGCCCACGCUGCACACACCGUGGCCAGCGGCCCCGGCCUGAAGCGCGCAGCACGGGGCAGGGUGUCUUCCUUUGUGGUGCACUGCAAGGACCACCUGGCAGACCAGCGCGUGGUGGGCGGCGACCCUGUGACAGUAACGGUGGUGGGCCCAGACGGCAGCACGGCACCGGCCGAGGUGCAGGACCAGAAGAGCGGAUCCUACAUGGUGAGCUACAAGCCGCAGACUGAAGGGCGCCACUCGGUGAGUGUGAUGCUGCGUGGCCUGCACAUCCAGGGGUCGCCCUUCUCAGUGCCAGUGCGUGCCGGCCGCAGCUACUCUUCUGUAGGCCAGGUGCUCUUCACCAUUGGCAGUGAGGGCGAGGGUGACGGGCAGCUGUGCCGGCCGUGGGGUGUGUGCUGCAACAAGGAGGGCUACAUCAUCGUGGCGGACCGCAGCAACAAUCGCGUGCAGGUGUUCACGCCUGACGGCAGCUUCCAUCACUCCUUUGGCUCGGCAGGGUCGCGGGCCGGCCAGUUUGACCGGCCUGCGGGCGUGGCAGCAGACACCAUGGGCCGCAUCAUCGUGGCUGACAAGGACAACCACCGCAUCCAGGUGUUUACCUUUGAAGGCACAUUUUUGUUCAAGUUUGGUGAGAAGGGCAGCAAGAAUGGCCAGUUCAAUUACCCAUGGGACGUGUCCACCAACGGCGAGGGUGACAUCGCGGUGUCCGACACACGCAACCAUCGCAUCCAGCUGUUUCGUGCAGAUGGCUCCUUUGCCAACAAGUACGGCUUUGAGGGCUCCCUGUGGAAGCACUUUGACUCCCCGCGUGGCGUGUGCUUCACUCAAGAAAACCACAUCGUGGUCACUGAUUUCAACAACCACCGCCUGCUGGUGGUCCACCCAGACUUCCAGUCCGCCAGGUUCCUGGGCAACGAGGGAGUGUCCGAGGGCCAGUUCCUGCGGCCGCAGGGCGUGGCUGUAGACCAGGUGGGCCACAUCGUGGUGGCAGACUCCCGAAAUCACCGCAUUCAGAUCUUUCAUCCAAACGGUGGGUUCAUGUACAAGUUUGGAGUGCCAGGGUCAGCGCCGGGCCAGCUGGACCGGCCCAGCGGCAUCUGUGUGUCACCCUCGGGACUCAUUGUGGUGGUGGACUUUGGCAACAACCGGGUCCAGGUGUUCUAGGGCGCUGCAGCCGCCCACACCAAAAGUGUCUUCAUUACAAGUUCCAGAGUACAAAUCAAUGAAACCUCGUACAAAUUUUGCAGGUAUUUUGUUCACGUGAAGGCUCGCAGCGCGAUGCCUGGCGGCCUGUUGGCGUCACCGCCACUACCUCAUUGUUGGAGAUAUGAUACAGGGUAUAUUUUAAUUAUCUGAGCCGCCAUGUAUUUGUACAUAGAGCUUUCAUCAGAGCUGUGGACAGGUCAGUCUGCUUUGAUGUGACCAUGGGGCAGCACAAUGCCCUACCCUACACAGGGAGGCUUGGUGCUGCUGAGGUCUGAGUGUCUGUGUGUGUGUUGUGUUUGUGUUUGUGUGUUUGUGCAUGGAUGAGUGGGAUGUCCCCACAGGAUGAGGAGCAGAGGAGUGUGUGCAUGUGUGUGUGUGUUGGGACCUGCUGCACAGUGCAGGGCAGCAACAGUGCAUUGGUUUCAGUAUAAAUGCUGUGUGAGUGUUGUGUGUGUGAACAAGCAGCCCGGCAGUGCUGCCACUCCUUUGCACCGGCCCUGUGGGGUCACGGCAGCAAAACUUUUAUGCCCUGCUUGCCUGGAGGCGAGACCGCAGUACAAUCAUGGUGAGGCCAACGGGGCUGUCGGGCGGGGUGUGGCUACUGUGGCAUGCGUCUGGUAGUCUCUCUCUCCGCCCCACACCUCCCUCGGCCUCUCCACUACCUCAUGUUUAGGGUUAAGGAGUAAUUACUCUAGCCUUGUUGCUUUGAUGACAAAUCUAUUCCCCGUCCUGGCUGGUGCUGUGGUGUUGUGGUGCUGCGGCGCACUGGGGAGGACUCUGUCUGGCAGCUUGGGCAGCGCUGGCCGCCAGUAUUGGGAUGGGUCUGCAUGCGCUGGGGUCCAGACUUGGGGGGUUUAUUAGUGCUUCUCGGUAGGAAGAGAGCGUCACGACGUGACAAUAAUCAACACUUGAGUGCAAGGCAGCGGCCAACCUUGGUGCCUCACUCCGGGGCGGCGGCCCAACUGGUGCAGGGAGGGUAGUGGGUGGUGGGUGCCGUGGGGCCCGUCUCAAAGUUCCUCUUUAGUUAGUAUGGGUGGGCCGCGGGUCCUGGGCUGGGUGGCAGGAGUGGCGGGGUGCCGCCUGCGGGUGUAGGAGGGUGUGGUGGGGGGGAGGGGACGGCCGCUGCCACCUUUCAUCUGUCACUGGGAUAUCACUGUGGUUUUAACUUUUAAACUCUAAAAGACUCAAGAAUCAGUUUAUAUCCUUAAAUGAACCAUAGGUUUGUUACGUAUUUUAAGAUAAAUAAAUUGUGCUUCCAGUACACUCAGAUUUUUAAAUAUAAUUUUAGCAAAGCUUAAAUAUAAUUGAUUUAAAAAGAUAGCUAUAAACUCAUGAAGUAUUUAAUCACAAACUGACACUUUAUAGUAUAGUCAUGUACAACAUUUACUUACUUCAGGUUUUAAAAGUGCUUUACCAAACACAAAUUUGUUUAAUUUGGGAAAAUGAGAUUAGCUCCCACUUGAGUCAUGUUCUCCCAGUGUACCUGAGACCCGUGUCCUGCAGACAGGUGACCUGGGCAGGUGACAAUCACCACCCACUUGUCUAAAAAUGUAACAGAGUAAUACUAUUGUGUGUAGAGCCUCAGAGGGGCAGUGCAGCUCCUCACCGGCGGGGCGUGUGACGUGGGGGGAGGGUGACCUCUCCCUGUGGGGAAAGGAGCAGGACGGAUGCCAAGGUUUACAAUUCUUAUUUUACUGAAAAUGUUUGUGCCGAGUCUUUAGUCAAUCAAGAAGACAGCAGCAGCAGCAGCGGCGGCGGCUGCAGCGGUGGCUUUGUCCCGAGAGUUGCUGUGGGAAAGAAGGAAGGAAGGAAGGAAGGUUGGGUCUGUUGUCUCAGUUGUUUGAUGUCUUGGUUGUGCCGACAGAGUUGGUGUUUUUAUUAUUUUUACUUUUGUCUUUGUGAAGGAGGGUGUCCAAUGGCCACUAGGAAGUGUCUGAGGGAGGCCUGGGCAGCUGGGGGUGUGUUACCAGAUCUCAGUGGAAGGCCGCAGGAAUCUAGCUACCUCUUCAGUAUUGUAGACUAAUGCAGGGAGUCACCUUGUUCCUCAGUAUUCUCAAGUGAAUUCCCAAGCUACCUACCUCACAACCACUACCUAACUACCUCAAAUAGUAUAGAACUACUACUACCUCACAAAUAGUACAUAGCAAGCAAACUACUACCUCACUGGCUGGCCUACACAGACUUGCCUGUCCACCAGAGGGUCAGCAGAUGACUCGGGAAGGUUCACAGCGUGGCGAUGGACGGCCACGAGCACGUCUGUUUUCCUAUUGUACCAGUCUGCCUCGGCAGGGACUGGGAGUUAGGUUAAGUACUUAGAGACAGACACUUCACUGUCCACUUGUAUGUUAAGCAUUGAUAUUUUACUUAUGGGUAUUGUGUCUGUUUAUGUGCAGGUCUGCAUGGUGUGCAUGUGUGCAGACACGUGUGUGUUUUUAUGGCAGUUUGAGAGGAAACAUACGGGUUUUAGGAGCGUCCAGCGUGCCACGCCAUGCUGCGCCGCAGGAAGCGCCGCCACCACCCUCCCUCCAGGAUUUUGUGAUAUUAUUCCUGCUCAACACCUGGUGGGUGGAGCAGGAUAUGGAGGACGGCGGGCGCUGCGGCGUGGCAGAGUGGCCGUGGUGUUGUGUCACUGUAUCUGAGUAAAUGACAGACUUAUCUUGUGUCUAGGAAGAUUUAAAUGUGUCUGCAGUACAUGGUGUGCUUUUAUGACUGGCAGCUGGACACCAGCAUGUCACAGUGGACACAAGUGAAAGCCUUGGCUGGGCUGCCAGUCAGGCGUGGAGACUCCACCAUGCCAGACUGGAGGAGUGGGAGUUACAUAUAAGUUAUACAUACUAGAGUAGAGUGAGCAAAGUGUUGCUGGACAACAGGACCUGCAAGUGUUGUGUUCUGAUCAAUGUACUUUUCAUGAAAAGUUUUCAUUCCUCAAAAAAUUGUAAAGUAUUACUCAUGUUGUCCUGUGUGUGACAACACUGCUGCUGCUGCUGCCACUGCCAGCUCUACCACCACCACAUCCUAGAUGUGGUUUGUCUUUACAGCAACAUUAUUUUGUAGAGAGACCAGUUUCUUUCAAGCAGAAUACUAAAAAAGUGGAUCAGUGUAAACCACCUGUGAAGCUGCACUGUGGUGGUGGUGGUGGCAGGGACAACUGAAGGCAGCUGUGGCAGCAGCACCAUAUCACACCACUACACAGGGGAGACCUGCAUUUGGUGGUGGUGGUGGUGGUGGUGAUGGUGGAUUGAUGCCCACACACUUGUGGCCACAGUAAAUAUUUGCUCAAACCUCAGCUAGUGUUGUGUGAGAGGCUGUGGCUGUGGUGAGCCUUAAGGCUUCUUGGGUGACAUUCAGGCUGGAAGCAGCAAAUGUUACAGGCUCUAUAUUGUUCCUAUGAAGAGUUUAUAAUAUAAUGUUGGUUUCAGUGGAAUAGGAUUUUAUCUAGAGUGUAGUUACAUUUCAGGGCCAAUGGUGCUUGUCCAGAAGAUCAUUUAUGUCUGUACUUGUAAUGAAAUGAUUCAGGAAUGUGUACUGCUGUGCAACACACUGGAUCUUGUUCAGUUUUGAAUAUUGCCUGAUAAGCAUUAAGGCUGUGUGUGUGUGUGUGUGUGUGUGUGUGUGUGUGUGUGUGUGUGUGUGUGUGUGUGUGUGUGUGUGUGUGUACCUAGUUAUAUCUCCCUAGUUGUAAUUUACAGAGGCUGAGCUUCACUGGUGUGGUUCCGUCUCCAUGACCUGUUUUCCCUUCGAGUUCUGCACACUCCUUGCCAAGACUAUGACAUUCUCACUAGUUUGUUCCAAGCUUCUAUAUUUCUCUGUAGGAAACUAUUUCUCUGUUACUUUGGCAUCUUGCUUUUUUGUAAUGUCCUUGUGUGUCCUGGUAUUCCCUGGUUCUCUUAAGGACUGCUCCUCAUCUAUUUCUUCUACUCUAUUCCACAAUUUAUAGAAAAGUAUUAAAUUUCCUCUUUCUCCUCUUUGUUCCGAUGUCAGCAGAUUAAUUUCCUUGUAUUAAUGCUUCCAGUUUUGGAACCAUCUUCGUUGCCUUCCUUUGUAUUCUUUCUAGUCUUUUUGCAUUUUUUUUUUUUCUUGUGCAGAAACCACACUGAUGCAGCAGUGUGUGUGUGUGUGUGUGUGUGUGUGUGUGUGUGUGUGUGUGUGUGUGUGUGUGUGUGUGUGUGUGUGUACACACUUGGAAGGUCCAGUGACGUGUGGCACACACGGGGACGUCCCAUCAGUUGCUCGCUCUACUGCCGGCUGAGGUGUAGCCGUGCCUCGCCCCACAGAGUCGUGCUGCAGCGAGCAGGAGCUUCUCCAACCCUGUCUCAGGUUAUACACUAGUAGCUGCUGCCAUGUGAUUGUAUUAAGGGUCCAGCGGGUGCCGCCUCGCUGCUGCACGGCUCGUCGGGGACACCAGAAUGCACCGCCUGUAAUGCUCUCAGACCACUGGAUUUUGGCGACUGUGCAAUUACAUCAACAUGGAAUAAAUGAGCAAAAUGUU